AUGAUUAUCGAAGGAAGGACAUUUGUCGUCUCGGGCGGUGCUUCUGACCUCGGCCGUGCCUGUGUUCGGGACAUUGUCAAGUCGGGCGGUAAUGCUGCUGUCCUUGACAUGAACGAGGAAACCGGAGCUGCUCUGGCCAAGGAGCUUGGGUCAUCCAUCCGCUUCUUCCGGUGCGACGUGACGGACACUGAGAACAUUGCGUCCGUCGUGAAGUCAACCCUGGAAUGGAUCAAGGAGACUGGGAAGCCUCUCGGUGGAAUCAUCCCCGCUGCCGGGGUUGAAAGUCCGGGUUUGAUGCUUGACAAGUCCCUGAACCCACUUUCCUUGUCGUCCAUUGACUUUGUCCUCUCCAUCAACCUCCGCGGUGUCCUCGAUCUCGUGCGCCAGUUCCUUCCUGCUCUCGCUUCUUCCCCGGCCUACGGUCCUGACGGCGAGCACGGUGUUAUUAUUAUGGUUGCCAGCUCUGCCGCCUUUGAUGGUCAGAUGGGUCAGGUUUCUUAUGCCGCCAGCAAGGGCGCUGUUGCGGCCAUGACGCUGCCCAUGGCUCGGGAUCUAUCCCGAUUUGGAAUCAGAGUCGUCACCAUUGCGCCGAGCAUGUUUGACUCGGCCAUGACGGCUAUGAUGAGCGACAAGGUGAGGACGGGGUUGAAGAAGGCGAUGGAGUUUCCUUCACGGGCGGGUCAGCCAGAAGAGUUUGCUUCUUUGGCCAGGCAGGCGAUUGAGAAUGUCAUGUUGAACGGUGUAGUCAUUCGGCUGGACGGCGCCACGAGGAUGCCCAGCAAAUUGUAACUUUCACCAUCUACAAAGCCUCACUCAAGUGUUUCUUCAGUCUGCUUGAUGGCAUUGCUCCAAGUCUCUUUACAGCCAUGCUUUGAGACAGACGUACCACCUGAAAGAAUAACUUCAGCCAGUGCGCAUCCACCUUGAUGUGGAUGUGAAUGUCUUAACAAGGGAGUCCAGGAAGCCAAACCCGGGGUUGAGCCGGAGCCCACGGGAUGGACAAGGGGUAAAGUGGGGGCCGUGCGUCUGAACUCCCGACGGUUCGGAACAACCCGACAUUGCGGGGUAUGAAGCUCCAAGUGGGGCAUCUAGAUGACGGCAUCACCAGCGCGCGGG